UGUAAGAAACAUUAAUCUUGAUGAUCGAGUUGGGUUUGGAUUUGGAGAUUACUAAAAAGUUUUUGAAAUUUAGUUUAUGAGAAAGUUCUUGAAUUGCAGUUAGUGGCCAGAGGUUAUAGACAGACAACUUAUGAAAGUUGCUGCAGUUCCUGAUGGUCUCAAGGCAUGGGAGGUGCUGAAAGAAAGGCCCAGCAAUGUAGACCUAAUCUUGACAGAAGUUGAGCUACCAUCUAUCUCUGGAUAUGCUCUUCUCACCUUAAUCAUGGAACAUGAAAUCUGCAAAAACAUUCCUGUGAUAAUGAUGUCUUCGAACGAUUCGGUUAGUAUGGUGUAUAAAUGCAUGUUGAGAGGAGCAGCAGACUUUCUUGUGAAGCCUGUGAGGAAGAAUGAGCUGAGGAACUUGUGGCAGCAUGUCUGGAGGAGACAAGCUGCAAACAGAAUUGAUAAUCUUAAUGGUCCAGUUUCUCCUACUAGGAAUGAGGAUUGCAGUGAAAAGGGGAGUGAUGAUCAGAACUCUUGUGUUAAGCUGGAGAUGGAGGUCGGAGGAGAAAACACAGAAAACGUCGAGGAAUCUGAAGAGAGAUUUCGGGGUGUUCCUAUUCAUCCAGAUGUACAGAAACAAGAGCAAGAGGAUCAUAAUCAAGAUGGAGAUGGUGAUGAUGAUGAGGAUGAUCCUGCUUACCUGAAAUCUUCCAAACGAGCAAUUAAUUUAAUUGGAGCAUUCGACAAUUCCCCGAAAUGUGAUUACAGAAGUUCUUGUUCUAAAGAUAGUGCAGAAAAGGUUGAGUCUUUACCCCCAUUGGAUCUUUCCUUGACAAGAUAUCCUCCUAGUGGCUCUCCGAAUAGAUUAAACCACUCAGAUGCAUCAGCUUUUACGCGGUACAUUAACAAAGUUGUGCAGCCCAGAAACUCGAUGGCCCCCAAGACUAGCAAUCAACAGGACGACUGUGGAACCGAUUCUGAUAAGCACACUCUCGGUGGUCCAACGAUGAAUUUCCACGCACUUAUGCGACAGGCGAGAGCUGAGCCUGGGAACAACGAAAUUGGGCUCCCGAUUCCAGUGAGAGGUGUCGGGUUUAAGGGUCUAGGAAAUGCCCACACUUCUAUGCAGAGCCCCGGUUCAGCAGGCUGCCAAGAUUCUCGCUUUCAGACACCUUUGUUUCAUCUAUUAAACCAUGAAGCUGUGAGUUAUCAGAACACUGAUAACGACACCAGUCAGUCCGAGAAAAAAGAAGAGAACCAGUCAGAACCUGCAGAUGAUCACGGGCAUUUUUCAUCGUUUACUGAUCAAAGUGCAAAUAGUAGUACAUGCAAUGGCAAAACCUCGGUUCCAUUAGUUAAAUCUACAGUGGAGUGUAGUAAAGAAAAAGCUCCUCUUGGUCAGGACGGGAGCUAUCAACAAUCCCAACGAGAAGCAGCUCUUACCAAAUUCCGAUUGAAAAGGAAAGACAGAUGCUUUGAAAAGAAGGUAAGAUAUGAAAGCAGGAAAAAGCUUGCAGAGCAGCGGCCUCGAGUGAAGGGACAGUUUGUUCGCCAACAGCCAAAGUGACACGAGCUGGUUAGUGAUUAGAACUCGAGAUAAAAGCUUUCCAACACUAUAACCCGAUGUUGGAAUUUGACCUGUAGGAUAGCCACUAACCAGAACUCCUAUUCUUUCAUUAUAAACGCUUCAUGUCACCGCUUCUUAUAACCAUUAAGAAGUAGCACGAUUGUAUAUCGCAACGCCUGUAUAAUCAGUAGAAGCUUGUUAGUUACAGCAGUUAUUAGCAGAGACUAUGAUGUCUGUUUUUGGAGAAAACAAGGAAAAGUUGAUCUACAUAUGUUGGUUUUCUUGAAA